AUAACUUAAUUCCUAAUUCUUAAAUCUUUUAAAAAAAAGUUACCAGUUCUAGCUAUUAUAUUUGUUUGAAAAAAAUGUCAACAAUUAAAUUUGUUUAUUUAAGUUUAUGAACAAAUUCUAUACUUUUUUUUACGUCUGAUUUAAUUUUUUGAGAUUUAUUAUUUAUAAAGUUUUAUCAAUUCAUUUUGUUAUAGCUUUAAUUAUAAUAUUUAUUUAUUUAAUUAUCUUAAACCCUGUGGAGAGGCAAGAGUACAAUAACUAUAGUGUAAUAUAACACGUAUAUACCUACGUAAUACCAUUGAUGAUAAAUACUAGUAUUAAUUCACAAUAAAUUGUAAUACAUUUGGACUGCCAAUGUAGUGUCAGUGCUUCUCAACCUUUUUCUUUACGAUGGAACCUCAUUUAGAUCCAUAAAAAUGGUAACACACUUAAAACAAUCAGGUACUUUUACAUUUACAUUAGAGUGGCAAUGGAACGAUUUGAAGUAUUUCCAUUACACCGAAACAAACACCUCAUCAAACAAUGUUGUGCUGUAAUUAAUUCCGAAUGGCCACGCAGUGAAAUGGCCAGGUUACACAGUUUGGAGGCAUCUUGUGAUACAUUGCCAACAUCUUUGGUAUUGGUUGAAAAAGAAGAAGAUAACUUCAACGCAGUUUUAGGACAUUCAAAAAUUACGCCAAUACCGUCUAUUCCUGAUGGUGGUUUCAUCGAAACAGUGGUCAUAGCAAAUCAUCACCGAGGACAAGGACUAGGAAAAUAUCUUAUGUACAAGACUGAAGAAUACAUAAAAACGUUGGGUUUAAGUUUUGCAUACUUGUCUACAAUAGACAAACAAGAGUUUUACUCAAAACUUGGAUAUAUUCAAUGUCAGCCUAUUUCAAUUUAUGGAGGAUGUUUGAGUAGCAUCAAUAAAUCCAAUAUGAUUUCUGUGAUUGUGCCAUCAAGAAAAACAUUCAUGAAAAAAAAAUUGACAUGAAACCGUUUUUUAAAAUUUAUUUUUGUUUAUAUUUUAAAUUACAAACAAGGAAUAAAUAUCACUGAUAUAAA